CUCCCACACUAUUCCCCCACUCUUCAUUCUAUUUCGUUAAUCUCACACGCAUAAUCGAACGUUCGAAAAUUCUCCGUUGCCCGCACCGGAAUAUUCAGAGGAUGGGCUUCUAUUUAGCUAUCCUGAAAACCACAAUCUUUUAGCGCCACGUGUACCAGCUACGAUGCUUCUGGAGAAUUACUUUUGGAAAUCAUUAAACGAGGUAUUAAAUAGCUUCAACGGUCAAAACCACCUCACAGGAUUCUGACACGAUUCAAAUCAAAAGGUUAGAUCAAUCUUUUGUUUCUUUAGAGGUAGUUUAGCUAAUUUUGUUGUAUUUGUAAAUAAAAAUCGUUUCGCAGUGGUUUAAUUGGGACGCGAGAGAGAGCUCAGAUAGGUGAUAAGAAUGGCGAAGGCUCAGCGGGGUGAGGUCGUUUCAUUGGAGCUCCCUGCACCUGCCUCUUGGAAAAAAAUGUACAUGCCAAAGAAGGGAACACCAAGGAAGAAUGAAGUAUCAUUUAUUGCUCCUACUGGAGAGGAAAUUAAUAACCGAAAACAGUUGGAGCAGUACUUAAAGUCUCACCCUGGAAAUCCUGCAAUCUCAGAAUUUGAUUGGAGCACUGGUGAGACUCCAAGAAGAUCAUCGAGGAUCAGUGAGAAGGCCAAGGCCACACCUCCAUCUAAUGAAAGAGAGUCGCCUAACAAACGGAGGAAGAAAGCAUCAGGUACAGAAAAAGACAAAGAGACAGUCACUGGAAAAAAGGAUAUGGAAGGGAAGAAAGAAGUUGAAAAACAAGAUGAAGAGGUUGAUGAGAACAAAGAACAGGAAAAACAAACUGAUAUUCUGAUGGGUUCUGAGGCCAAGAGCAGAGACAAAAUGCAGGAAGAUCCAGCUGAGAAAAGUAACCCUAUGCCCGAGUUGGAUGAGAAAGGCCGCAAGGAAAAUACUGGUAUAGAUGUUGAGAUGCACGGUGAUAAACAAGGGAAGAGAGUCAAUGAUAACGAUGAACCUACCGACAAAACUCACGAUGCCGAAGAGACUUCAAAGGUGGAAGAAAAUCAGUUAUCUGGAGUGGAAGAGAAGCCGGAUACUGGGGCUGCAGAACUUCGGGUAGAUGAUGAGAAACAGGUUAAGGCAUGUAGUGUCACCAUGGAAGCUGCUGAUGGAGCUGAAAAGAAGAUUCUUGGUGGUGCGGCACAAACUAACGGAAUUCAGGAUAACAGCGGGAAAAGUAAUUUGCAGGUGGCGGAUCAAAAAAUGAUUAUGAAGGGGGACGUCAUGGACGAUGGCAAGGUGAAUCUAAUUGGGGCAACAUUUAGCUCAAAUCAGCCUUCUUUCGCUGCUACUAGUUGAAUUUUCUGUUAAUGUCUAUCUUCUGUAGAUCUCUGUUGCUUUAUGUAAUUCUAACAUUUGCGUAUUUCGAUGACUGUAAUAUUAAAUGAUGACUAGGCGAGUCUUAUUUUGAGAUAGGCAAUCAACCUUUCUGGACUGUUUAUGACAAUGUAGUUUUUUUUGUGCCUGCGUGGAAAUAUAGAUUGUUAUUGUAGACA